UAAUAAUAAGGUAUAAUAUUUGUAUUUAUAUUGCAGGGUAUGAAUACAGUUUUCCCUUUCUUAACAAAUCCUGCGGGAUAACUGUAGAUGACAACCACAUUCAACCACUUUACAAACACAUGAUUCAUAUGAUGAAACCAACCAUGUGCUUUAUUGGAAUACCUUUUAAUGUGUGCGCUUUUCAAAUGUUCGAUUUACAGGCUCGUUUCUACGUUAAGUAUCUUGAUGGGGACCUAAAGUUACCAUCAGAAGAAGAAAUGCGUGAAGACACUGAAAAAGACAUGCAAUUAAGAUGGGAAAAGGGGUACAAUAAACGUCAGGCCCAUAUGAUGGGACCAGGACAACGUUCCUAUUACAAUGACCUAGCAACGAUGGCAAAUCUUAUUCCUAUCGAUCCCGUAAUAGUUAAAUUAAGGGACGAAAGCGUUAAGAGAUUACAUACUGACCUUAUGACCUUCCGAGAAGACAGGUACAAAAUUGUCGAUAAAGAAACAUUCGUAAAAGUUUAUUAAUUAGAUUUUUUAUCUUACACUUUUCUUUAUUGUUAUUCGUUACCCUACUGUACUUAAUCAAUGUUCAUUUGUUAUAUAUGAAUCACUGUAUUUAUCUGCAAAUAUAAAUAUAUACCUACUUAUCUAUAAAAAUAAAGAAAGAAAAAUAACAUUA